UUCCAACUUAAAACUAGGUUGAGAUUCCAGCGCGUUCCAUACGAAGGCAACUGAAAUAAAGAGAAAUCUGAACUGAAGAGUAGUGGAUUACGUCUGUGUUACUGUAACAUAGAAAAGUAAGAGUGAAUAAAAGAAAUCUUUUUUAUACGAGUAUGCUUGACUACCCUUAGCUAGAGUUCACCCCAAUUUGGGGUUCGAGUACGUACUACGCACGCACUUAUUGAUUAUCUGCACAAUCUGGCUUCGAACCUGUCCUAAAUACAUUAAUGUUAUUUUCACGCAGUGUCCUGAUAUAUGAAGCUGAAGUAAGGGAUGAAACGAUAGAUACGCAACAAUGUUUGGUUUUGUGAACUACACGCGUUUAUACCGACGGCGGUGACGUAAGUUCGUCGCGGCGCUGAUGUCGACCAUGGUGUCUGCUGUUCGAUUUUUCGACGCCUGCAUGUAGAAUUCCGCCUCAAUUAGUGACAAUAUCCUUAGAUAUGCCGGUUUAAUAUAACAAAACCAUGGUCGUAAUGGCGAGUAUGGAUGAACACGAACGAAAGAUCGUCAUGGAAUUUUGUCAUUUACUAGAAAAAUCAAAGCAACUAUUUAAUGGAUUACGAGAUCUACCUCAAUACGGGCAUAAACAGUGGCAAGCAUAUUUUGGCAGGACUUUUGAUAUUUAUACAAAAUUGUGGAAAUUCCAACAGCAGCAUCGUCAAAUUUUGGACACGAAGUACGGCUUGAAAAGAUGGCAAAUCGGAGAGAUUGCCUCCAAAAUUGGUCAGCUUUAUUAUCACUAUUAUUUAAGAACUAGCGAAACAAAUUAUUUGAACGAGGCGUAUUCGUUUUACGCGGCCAUCAGAGGUAGAGCGUAUUAUUCGAGAGCGUCAAAAGAGGACAGAUCGGAGCUGAUGGUUAAGAAACUAAGAUACUACGCAAGAUUUAUAGUCGUUUGCUUAUUGCUGAGAAGGAUGAAAUUAGUUAGAGAAUUAAUAGUAGAAUUAGAUAGACAUAUCGCCGAGUAUACAAGCACUUAUGAACCAGAUGACCAAAUCGAAUGGAGUUUAGUUCUGGACGAAAUAAAGGGUUUUGUGACCGCCGACGGAUUGGUUUCCGUCAUGCAUGCAGAUACGAAUCCCAUCGUUUUAUCUCAUAGGUUAGCAAGCCCCCGUUUGUUCUCGGCGUUUAAAUCGUCUUUCAGAUUAAGCCCACUAACCACACCGCCUGUAGAAAAAAAUCAAUACAUGACGUUAACUUUGCAAGAAAUUUUAAUAGUCGGUAGCGCGUCGGAGCAAGUCAAGUUUUCUGAGUUAACGAUGGACAUGUUUCGAAUGAUACAGACGCUCGAAAGGGAACCGCAGGAGGAUUACAACCACGUGUAUGACGCGUCGCCGGCGACUGGUAGGAAUCCGUACGCGGUUCCUGGUUCCAAAGGAUAUAUGGAAAAUGGCGAAAGACCGAAUAGAAGGGACAACCCACACAAAUACCUUCUGUACAAGCCGAGCUUGAGUCAAGUUUUAGUAUUUUUAGCUAGUGGAUUUAAAGAAUUGCCGGCAAAUGGUGCUCUUUUGUUGUACAUUUCUUCAGAUGGAUGCUUUUCCACGACAAAGCACCCCGAAGAUAUGGGGUACGAUCUUGGUGGAGUGCUGACCAGUGGAAGAAGAGAUGGAGAUCACAAGAAACAGAAAGAAUCACACUGCCUUUAUCCUGGUGAUUUGUACCCGUUCACUAGGAGACCUCUCUUUGUUAUAGUUGAUUCGGAUAAUAGUUUUGUUUUCCAACACAUUCCACGUUACUUUGGGCAACCAUUGGUUACUCUCAUGUCCCCUCAAGAUACUCCACCUGCUUUUCAAGAUCAGCAACACAACGGUUCGCUGUUCACCUUGUUCCUGCACUCACCCUUGACUGCCUUCUGUUACUGUUGUAAUCUCACAAACAUUCCAAUACAUCAUUGGGAACGAUGUCAAAGUUUCGUAGAUCGAUUCGUAACUGAAGCCUCUCGUCUUUUUACGCGCUCGCGAGUCGGUGAGUAUGACGAAGAACCAUCGUAUUUACAAUUCUUCGGAGAUGAUUUUCUACGUCUCGUUUUACUUCGAUAUGUAUUUUGUGACGUGGUGCUGCAUCUUCACCGAGCGUUCAAAAGUCGCCAAUACCGUCCUCGUUGCCAGCCUCCUUUGCCAGAAGCGGAACUACUCGAACAUCCAUCGCUUCAACACUUAGUGCUCGACCUAGCGGCUCAUCUAGAAGUGCGUACUCACUUUAUGGACAACCACGAAAUCGACUGAUCCAGGGCUUCCUCCUCAUGGCCGUGUGUGGGGUUUAGAAACAUCUGGAGUACAUCUUCGCGGCACAUGCAUGAGGAUGAACUCAUCAACAUUGGUCAACAGAAGAAUAUAUUUUUCGUAUUACGCGUAACAGUAUUCGUGUUCCUUGCACUAUGCAUAAUACGAAACUCCUGCGACUUCGAAGGUUUUGUGGACUUGGCGAAGUUUUUUUUGAACAAAUCCGUUCAAACUCUCACCACUAAUUUGUAUUAUGCGUACGCAACGUCGAAAUGUUUUCUAUUAUCUAUUUUCGCAAAUCGUAUCGAGCAAGUAUUUUUCGCGAAAACGCCCGAAAAAUUUUCGACGACGAAUUUAUAUAUCUCGGUGACGCCUUUUUCUCGCGUUUUUGCUAAUCUGUCCACAUUAAAUAUGGUGAUAAUGACAUAGCUCAAUUUUUUGGGCGCGGCGUCUUUCAAUUAAACUCGUUUAUCUAUAAUUCUAUAUUAUAAUAUAAAAAAAGGUAUGUUAUUAUUGCAAUAGUUCAAUACAAUCCAUGCUCCUCACUAGAUCGCAGUGACAAAUAAGGGUGGCUUUCAGUCGGUCCGUGAAGUUAGCAGAACAUUGACGGCACAAAUGUCGAGACUAGGUGGAUUGGUUAGUGCUACGUUUGUGCCGGUUUUUGCUGUAAAAAGUUUGCCAGCAAAAC